AUGUCUGCUGAAACCGUAACCGCUGCUAAUACUGCCACUGCUCCAAUCCCAGAAACACAAGAACAGGAGAGUUCUAAGAGCAAGCAAGUCAAUUUGACGCCAGCACCUUUGCCCACAUCCUCCCCAUGGAAACUUGCUCAAACCGAGGUCCCCGUUUCCUCCAUUUCUAUAGAGGACUUGGAUGCCACGAGAAAGAAGAAGAAUAGGACACCUACUCCAAAAUCAUCUACUGCUACCAAAUGGGUUCCAAUCAAGGCCUCCAUCACCGUCUCUGGCACCAAGAGAUCCGGCUCUAAGAACGGUGGAAACAGCGGCAACAAUAACAACAAGAGCAAGAACAACAAGAAUGCAGCAUCGUCGACAUCGUCGAGUAGCGCAAACAGGAAAAAGAAGCAUCACCAACAUAAUGCUAAGAAGCAACAACAGCAACAGGUGAAAAAAGAUGGUUCUGAAUCCGCUGGUGAAGAAGAGUCAAAGGACACUGCUCCUCAAGAAAAUGACCAAUCUACACAACAGCAGCAACCACCUCACCACCGCAACCACCACCACAGCCAGCACCACAAUAGUACCGGCCCUCAAAGAAGAAAGUUCCAUAAUAGCAAUAACACUGGCAUGCCUCAGAACCAAGGUCUGCCACCACAGUUUAAGCCCUACCAGGGACGCAACCCUCGUCCCAACAUCAGCAACCGCUUAAAGUACCAAAACCACCUCCAUCACAACCCUCAACAACCUAUGGUCAAAUUACAACAGCAGUUCUAUCCAGUCCAGCCGGUUUUAAUGGCCAUCAACAACAUUGCUAGACAGAUUGAGUACUACUUUAGCGAAGAAAACUUGACCAUCGACAACUACUUAAGAUCCAAGCUAUCCAAGGAUGGGUUUGCUCCAUUAUCUUUGAUCUCCAAGUUUUAUAGGGUUGUCAACAUGUCCUUCGGUGGCGACGCAAACUUGGUCUUAGCUGCGCUAAGAGAAAUUGUCGCCAAUGAAACCGCUACCGUCAACGUUGUGGAAGGCUCUUUGGUCACCAACGAAGCUGAGGCUGUUUCUGAAACUAACGAAGUUAAGGAAACGUCUCCAUUAGAUAGGUACUUCAUUCGUUCCAAGAGCUGGUCUAACUGGUUACCAGAGACCUUUGAAACCGAAGUCAACAUUGAAAAGGAAUUGGCUGGCGACGCAUUGGACCAAUUCAUGAUAUCCGUGCCACCUGUCCCUCAACAAGAGGAGGAAAUAUCCGCCGAAUCUACUCCUCAACAGCAAGAAGCCAGAGAUGAAUCAGCACCAGUUGCCACUAGUGAACCUGAAUUGACCUUAUAG